AUGAACGUGAGCCGAGACAAGGCUCAGGUGGGUGACGUCUCUAUUCCGGCAGCAGCAGCAGUGGCGGCAGCAGCAGCAAGCCCUCAGGAGCGCAUCCUGGGGGAGUCCGGGUCCUACAGCCGGCGGCGAGACAGCAUGGACAGCCACGGGGAGCAGCGCCUGGCGCCCAGCAGCGACCUGCCGCCGGUGUAUUCGUGCCCCGUGAGCAGGGACAGGCCAGGAGGCGACAACGCCAACAACACCCCCGGGCCCGAGGGGGCGGGCGCAGCCUUGCCAGUGGUACACCGAACCACCUCCUUCUCGGUGCUGGACAUCCUGGACCCCAACAAAUUCAACAGCAAGAGCCGGAGACAGUGCGCCGUGCUCUACAAAGCCGCCGCCGGCGGGGGAGAAUAUACGCGAGUGGAGGAGAAGCUCGAAGAGGCGGGCGCCGGUGCCAAGGGUCUGGCCGAGGAAUUCCAGGCUGGCAGGAGGAAGUCCUCCACCGACUUGCGCAAGGCCGGCGAGCUGUACCGGAGCGAGGAGGCCGAACUGGACGUCAGCCACCGGCGGAGCCCCUGCGCUGAGAGCGAAGCGCCAGACGAGGACGACGACGAGGAGGAGGACGACGACGAGGAGCUGUGCAGCGAGGAGAGCGGCACCAGCGACGGCGGAGGAGCCGCCGUGGAGACAAACGGGGGCCUUCAUGCCGAGGAGGCAGAGCCGCAGCAGCAGCAGCCGCCAGGAGGCCCACCCGGGGCGCAACAGCAGCAGCAGGCGGCCCAGCCGCCCGCGUCCCAGGCCCAGCAACAGCAGCAGGCGGCGGCGGGGGCAGCAGCAGCGGCGUCGACGCCGUCGGGCAAGGCCAAGCGGAAGCGGCCUGGCUCCGACUCUAAGUCCGGCAAGCCUCGGCGGGCACGGACAGCCUUCACGUACGAGCAGCUGGUGGCGCUGGAGAACAAGUUCAAGGCCACGCGGUACCUGUCGGUGUGCGAGCGCCUGAACCUGGCUCUCUCGCUCAGCCUCACCGAGACGCAGGUCAAGAUCUGGUUCCAGAACCGGCGCACCAAGUGGAAGAAGCAGAACCCCGGUGCCGACACCAGCGCCCCGACCGGAGGGGGCGGCGGGGGCGGCGGCGGGGGGCUACCGGGGGGGCUUAGCCCGCUUAGCCACUCGCCGCCCAUGGGCAACCACGGCCUGGCCAUGCACGGUCCGCCUGGCGCCUAUGGCCACCCCGCCGGAGGGCUGGUGUGCGCCGCCCAGCUGCCUUUCCUGCCCAGCCCCGCCGUCCUCUCGCCCUUCGUGCUGGGCUCGCAGACCUACAGCGCGCCCGCUUUCUACACGCCGCACCUCUGA